CUCUCUUCCUUCAUCAUCUUCAUUUUCUUUAUGGUUGAGUUUUUUCUUCUCACACUGGUGAAGGUAGAGAUCAUUUGAAAAGGGUCAUAUUCAUGGCUGAUACAUUCGAUGAAGAGUGUGACUUUCUCUUCAAAGCUGUUCUGAUUGGAGACUCUGGAGUUGGGAAAUCGAAUCUGCUCUCAAGGUUUGCAAAAGACGAAUUCAGGUUGGAUUCCAAACCCACAAUAGGAGUUGAAUUUGCUUACCGGAACAUCAAGGUCGGAGACAAACUCAUCAAAGCUCAAAUAUGGGACACUGCAGGCCAAGAAAGGUUUAGAGCAAUCACGAGUUCGUACUACCGAGGGGCUUCGGGGGCAGUGCUGGUGUAUGAUAUAACGAUGAGAUCAAGCUAUGAGAAUGUGAGGAAGUGGCUAUUGGAGCUGAGAGAGUUCGGAGGGGAAGAGAUGGUGGUUGUUCUUGUGGGAAACAAAUGCGAUCUGGAUCAAUCGAGAGAGGUUGAGAAAGAAGAAGGAAAAGGGUAUGCUGAAACAGAAGGGUUGUGCUUCAUGGAAACCUCUGCUUUGAAGAAUCUCAACGUUGAGGAAGUGUUCUUGCAAAUGAUCACAAGGAUUUAUCACAUGACAAGGCAGAAGAAUUUGGCAGCAAAAAUGGACGACAAACCGAUUAAUCUUCUGAACGGGAAGGAGAUUCAUGUUGCUGAUGAAGUCACUGCAACCAGACAACCUAGUUCUUGCUGUUCGUGAUGAGACUUUUCCUGGGAAAAUUUUUGCCAUGAUCUUUCAGUAAUUCAUUCUUCCGAUUUUCUCUACUUUGCAAAGUUUCUUCAUCUUGUUAUCGGCGUUUCUUCAUUGCAUGGUGAAGACGAUUUAGUUCUUAAAUUACACGAAAGGUGACUUCUUGAUAGAUUGUAAAUGAUGAUUUUUAUAUCAUACACGUUUUUCUUUAAUUCUUUACA